GGCAGCAGCAGCAGCAGCAGCAGCGACGACUGCCGCCGCCGCCGCCGCCGCCGCAACGAGCGAGAGAGCGGGAGAGAGUGCGCACGAUUUCUUCUUCCACGAGCACGCCACGCGACCGCGAACGACGUCGGGAAGCCGCGGCACGUGAGCGCCGAUAAACUCCCACCGGCGUCGCGAAACAAGUGCCGGACCGAGUGACUGCUCCUUUCGCGACCGCGACGAAGGCCGUGCCCGCACGCAGGACUCCGCGCCACGCGGCGCCCGCGAUUAUCCGCACGCGAGUUCGCCUCGGUGACAUCCGCGAGCCACGAAGCUCGCGAUCUCGAGCGCGCGCUGCGCACGAUGCGCGAAAAUCCCGCGAGUUUUCAUCCGCGUACUGGCGACCGCCGCGCGCUCGCGGCAACGAGACCGAGGGUCAUCUUCGGAUUUUCAGAGGUUCUUCGGAGGAAGUCCUAGUUCACGUCUGUGCGAGACGCAGGACCGCUCAUCUGGCGGCAAGUGCGCAUCGCUGUGACAGAAGAAGUCGUGGACACAGCGCGGGCAGUCUUCGCGGUGCGAGUGCGCGACUUACGCUGCGAGAUCGCACAUCGCGAUUGCUCCCCUUCGAGUUCGAUCGCCGAGCGCGUAGGGUGAUCGCGACGUGUCCCGUCGGCGGCACGGUGUGUCGAUGCUUAUCGAGGAGCGCUAACGAUCGCACCAGGAGGCUACGUCGACGGUACCGCAAUGCGGCUGCAAUGACAGCUCGUCUGUGCAUCGUUAUGGGCUCGAUAAUCGGCGAUAGUCGGUAACGCUAGCGAUCUCGUCCCUCCGAAGCUGCGUCUUUCCUCGGAUCGAUCCCUCCCCUUGGUCCGUCCACGGUCGCCACGACAGCCCCGAUCCCGAAGCGCGAGCAACAUGUGGCGAGUAGUGGUCGCGCGUUCCGACGACAACAGCACUCUGCUGUCCUCCGAGAUCACUUCCGGCGCGGUCGCGCCCGGUCAUCUGCCGAGCCUGCCGGCGCCGCCGUCGGGUCACCAUUGGGGUUACCCGCCGCCGCCUCAUCAUCCACCCUAUCAGCCGACGCAGCACCCGGACAUGCGUCACCACCAUCACCAUCACCACCACCACCACGACAUGCGACCCCCGGCGCCGCACGAGCUGCGGCACGCCGCCGGUGACCCGAGGAGCCAGGAGCUGCGGCACCCGGAGAUGCAGAGGCACCAGGAGCUGCCGCGGCACCAGGACAUCCAUCAUCGGCCUGACGUCGCCAGGCAUCAGGACAUGCCGGGGAUGAGGGCCGACAUGCCGGAGAUGCGGUCGAGUCACGAGUACUUGGAGCUGAAGAUCGACACCGAGCUCCGAGCUCCGGAGAACAGUCAGCCGCAGCCGCAGCAGCAGUCGCAGCAGCAACAGCCGCAGCAGUCGCAGCCGCAGCAGCAAUCGCAAUCGCAGCAGAGUCAAGUCCACCAGCAGAGGAACCUGAAGAGGGCCAUGAGCGACUCCGACUGCGACGACGUGUUCUCGGAGGAGAGCGGCAAGGAACCAUGCAACUCGCCCGGAGGAGACUCCUGUCAACACGCGUCGCGGAAACGCAGGAGGGGGAUGAUCGAGAAGAAACGCCGCGACAGGAUCAACGCAUCCCUCGGCGAGCUGCGGCGGCUGGUACCGGCGGCCGCGCGGGACCCUCACAGCGGAAAACUCGAGAAAGCGGAGAUCCUGCAGCUCACCGUCGAGCAUCUGCGUACGCUCCGCAACAAGGGACCGGAAGGAUACGACAGUACGAAGCUCGCGAUGGACUACCACGCGGUAGGCUGGGGCGAGUGCGCCGCCGAGGUGGGCCGUUACCUGGUGACCAUGGAGGGCCUGGACGAGAGGGAUCCCCUUCGGCUGCGCUUGCUGUCGCAUCUGCAGAGCUUCCAUCGCGAGCACCCGCCGUCGGGCGCCGUCCCGUCGGCGGUGCCGUCGGCCACGACGUUGACGUCGUCGUCCACUGCCAGCGGCUACGAGCCGCCGAGCACAGUUUCCAGCGGGAUGCCAGCCGGCCCGGGCAGCAUGCAGCAUCUGUUGAGCAGCAGUACCAUCGGCUGGAGCCAGUACCCCGGUCAGUAUCCCCAGCAGCAGCACGGCAAGCCUUAUCGACCCUGGGGCACGGAACUGGCGUACUGAUCUCGAGGCUGUCGACGCGCGACCGACAGCCUUCGUCGAGUCGAGUCGAUCGGCGCAAGAGCGGUGUGUGAGUCGGCGAAAUUCCGAUCAACGGAUGAAAGAAUCUCUCCCCGAGAGUUUGUUUAAACCACCCCUCCCACACCAAACAAUCACGGGGACGGCCCGUUUCCGUUUUCUUGCUGUAGUCGUAGUAAAGCGGUAGCUGUAGUGUUGAAGUUAAAGGGAAAUCUCGCGGCACGCGGUGUAGGUAAAUCUUUCGUCGAGUGUUCUCUAUCUUUGCGAAUAAUUAGCAGUAUUUUUUUACGUGUAGAAAGGAGGAGAGUCUAGCGUACGGGAUAGCCCGCUCUAUGCCGAUCGCGCGCCGGCGUGUGGAUGUUGCAUCUGAUGAGUUACUGAUCGUUACUGCGUUACUUUCCGACGUGCACGUUCGUCCUCACGUCGACGUCGCUUCAUCGAUUGCGACGUUAAAGAAAUGUAUCGGGGAGAGAUGUGAAUGCGAUUUGCCAUUCGUGAGCCACACGUGACCGUAAAGUGAGCGGCGAGCUUCGUCGUUCGCGCGUCGUACGUGCGAUGUAUGCAUUUUGUACGAUAUUUCGACAGCUCAGAAAACAUAUCUCAGGAACUUCGAGCUACCAAAAGUAUGUAUGUAAACCGACGUGUUUUCAAUGAGUGAGAUAAUGAUAGUCAUGCAAGUACCUAAUUAGAGUAAUACUAAUUUAUUGACACGGGACUCUGUAUAUGUAUAUACACGGACUGUACAUACGCUCGUGUAAAUAAUCAGACGUAUUCGUAACUUUAUCGGUCAACUUCGUAAUCUCGACCACUGAUUUGCGACACCGUCGUUUCUCCGCUCCCUCGCUCCGUCGUUAUCGAGCGAUAAGCGAUUACGCGAGUGCGCAAAGUCCGACCCUCGCGCAGGAGGAGGGGAAAGAAGUGUGAGAAAAAAAAAAAGGAAAAGAAGAAAGACGCAGACGGAAAGAAGAAGAGAAACGACCGUCGUACGCAUUCGGAACGUGCCAUUACGCAUUUCAGUGUAUACGUGUCAGAGAGAGAAGCCUGAGUAUUUUUGCAAUACGACUUUGUAAGAAAACGAUAACACGACAAUCCAAAUAGAACAUGUCAUAGUGUGUGUGUGUGUGUGUACGUAAAAUUAUCCCCUUCCCUUUCCCUGCGAGAAAAAUCAGUCGAUAAUGCGCGCUUCCGAGAAUCGCGAAACUAAUCGCAAUUCGCACGAAUGAUAACCGCGCGGGACCGAAGAGGAGAAAGAAAAGGAAACACAUUACCUGUCGCGUAUAAGAGCGUUCUAUAUUCUUAUCAGAUCGACUGACGUCGAGUACGAAACAGGAAACGCGAACCCGCCUCGAUCGAUGGCGAAUUCGCGAAUUCCGGGCUCUCUCUCUCU